AUGAUACCCCUCCCAUGUUACACCAUCAGCACCAUCGGCACCAACGGAACCAUCGGCACCAACGGAACCAUCGGCACCAUCGGCAACAUCAGCACCAUCGGCACCAACGGAACCAUCGACACCAUCAGGACCAUCGGCACCAUCAACUCCAUCAACACCAUCGACACCAUCAACACCAUCGACUCUAGAGCCAUUCACACUACUGCUGCUGUUCCUCAAGGGUCGUGUCUCACUAUUACAUCAGGUGUUCCUCAAGGGUCAUGUCUCACUAUUACAUCAGGUGUUCCUCAAGGGUCGUGCCUCACUGCUACAUCAGGUGUUCCUCAAGGGUCGUGUCUCACUGCUACAUCAGGUGUUCCUCAAGGGUCGUGUCUCACUAUUACAUCAGGUGUUCCUCAAGGGUCGUGUCUCACUAUUACAUCAGGUGUUCCUCAAGGGUCGUGUCUCACUGCUACAUCAGGUGUUCCUCAAGGGUCGUGUCUCACUGCUACAUCAGGUGUUCCUCAAGGGUCGUGUCUCACUGCUACAUCAGGUGUUCCUCAAGGGUCGUGUCUCACUGCUACAUCAGGUGUUCCUCAAGGGUCGUGUCUCACUGCUACAUCAGGUGUUCCUCAAGGGUCGUGUCUCACUGCUACAUCAGGUGUUCCUCAAGGGUCGUGUCUCACUGCUACAUCAGGUGUUCCUCAAGGGUCGUGUCUCACUGCUACAUCAGGUGUUCCUCAAGGGUCGUGUCUCACUGCUACAGCAGGUGUUCCUCAGAGGUCGUGUCUCACUGCUACAUCAGGUGUUCCUCAAGGGUCGUGUCUCACUCCUACAGCAGGUGUUCCUCAAGGGUCGUGUCUCACUGCUACAGCAGGUGUUCCUCAAGGGUCGGUUCUCACUGCUACAGCAGGUGUUCCUCAAGGGUCGUGUCUCACUGCUACAGCAGGUGUUCCUCAAGGGUCGUGUCUCACUGUUACAGCAGUUGUUCCUCAAGGGUCGUGUCUCACUGCUACAGCAGGUGUUCCUCAAGGGUCGUGUCUCACUGCUACAUCAGGUGUUCCUCAAGGGUCGUGUCUCACUGCUACAGCAGGUGUUCCUCAAGGGUCGUGUCUCACUCCUACAGCAGGUGUUCCUCAAGGGUCGUGUCUCACUCCUACAGCAGGUGUUCCUCAUGGGUCGUGUCUCACUGCAACAGCAGGUGUUCCUCAAGGGUCGUGUCUCACUCCUACAGCAAGUGUUCCUCAAGGGUCGUGUCUCACUCCUACAGCAGGUGUUCCUCAAGGGUCGUGUCUCACUGUUACAGCAGGUGUUCCUCAAGGGUCCUGUCUCACUGCUACAGCAGGUGUUCCUCAAGGGUCGUGUCUCACUGCUACAGCAGCAGGUGUUCCUCAAGGGUCGUGUCUCACUGUUACAGCAGGUGUUCCUCAAGGGUCGUGUCUCACUGUUACAGCAGGUGUUCUUCAAGGGUCGUGUCUCACUCCUACAGCAGGUGUUCCUCAAGGGUCGUGUCUCACUCCUACAGCAGGUGUUCCUCAAGGGUCGUGUCUCACUCCUACAGCAGGUGUUCCUCAAGGGUGGUGUCUCACUGUUACAUCAGGUGUUCCUCAAGGGUCGUGUCUCACUCCUACAGCAGGUGUUCCUCAAGGGUCGUGUCUCACUCCUACAGCAGGUGUUCCUCAAGGGUCGUGUCUCACUGUUACAUCAGGUGUUCCUCAAGGGUCGUGUCUCACUCCUACAGCAGGUGUUCCUCAAGGGUCGUGUCUCACUCCUACAGCAGGUGUUCCACAAGGGUCGUGUCUCACUGUUACAGCAGGUGUUCUUCAAGGGUCGUGUCUCACUGUUACAGAUGGAGCUCAUCAAGAGCACCAAGAGGUGUUCUUGGUGCAUGGAUACCAAGAGUCGCACCAGCGUGUCCUUCCCUCACAGCAGCCGCACCAGCGUGUCCUUCCCUCACAGCAGCCGCACCAGCGUGUCCUUCCCUCACAGCAGCCGUACCAGCCUGUCCUUCCCUCACAGCAGCCGCACCAGCGUGUCCUUCCCUCACAGCAGCCGCACCAGCGUGUCCUUCCUUCACAGCAGCCGCACCAGCCUGUCCUUCCCUCACAGCAGCCGCACCAGCCUGUCCUUCCCUCACAGCAGCAGCACCAGCGUGUCCUUCCCUCACAGCAGCCGCACCAGCGUGUCCUUCUCUCACAGCAGCCGCACCAGCGUGUCCUUCCCUCACAGCAGCCGCACCAGAGUGUCCUUCCCUCACAGCAGCCGCACCAGCGUGUCCUUCCCUCACAGCAGCCGCACCAGCGUGUCCUUCCCUCACAGCAGCCGCACCAGCGUGUCCUUCCCUCACAGCAGCCGCACCAGCGUGUCCUUCCCUCACAGCAGCCGCACCAGCGUGUCCUUCCCUCACAGCAGCCGCACCAGCGUGUCCUUUCCUCACAGCAGCCGCACCAGCCUGUCCUUCCCUCACAGCAGCCGCACCAGCGUGUCCUUCCCUCACAGCAGCCGCACCAGCGUGUCCUUCCCUCACAGCAGCCGCACCAGCCUGUCCUUCCCUCACAGCAGCCGCACCAGCGUGUCCUUCCCUCACAGCAGCCGCACCAGCGUGUCCUUCCCUCACAGCAGCCGCACCAGCCUGUCCUUCCCUCACAGCAGCCGCACCAGCGUGUCCUUCCCUCACAGCAGCCGCACCAGCGUGUCCUUCCCUCACAGCACCCGCACCAGCGUGUCCUUCCCUCACAGCAGCCGCACCAGCGUGUCCUUCCCUCACAGCAGCCGCAAGUCUACUGUUCCACUUCCAAGACACGCCUCGCCCAACAGUAUGAGAAUCAAUAA